UCUAGUGGGCGACCACAUUAAAUUCAUCUAGAGUAGAGUACCAAAAUUCUAUAGCUUUAAAUUUGUGUUGGCCAUAGUCUCUGAAAGUGUUUGUUAAAAUGCCCGAAAAACCGGCUGCCAAGUCUACGCCGAAGCCCCUGACCAGCAUCAAGGGGACCAGGGCUUCCACCUCCUCAUCCAAUCCCGCCUCCACCAGGAGCAGACCCACAGGAACUGGCGUGGCUCGUCCUCCAUUGCCCAAUACACAUGAUAGGAUUUGGAAGAUCAUGAAAAUGUAAAUUUCUGUCCUUUCCGGCUGAAUCAACAUUUUAAGAACCUGAUAUUAUUUUUAUUAUAAAAUGCAUUUUAAAGGAAAUUAUAACCUUUGGCAGCGCUGAAUAAAGCGAAAAAGUCCCACAAAGGAAA